CGUCGGCCCUGGAGCGCACCGACCGCGGCGUCCCCGGCGGAGCGGCCGCGACUGGACGGGCCGGGCGGCUGGACGGGCGCCCCCGGGCUGCCCGCCGCCCCCCAUGAGCGCAGCCCCGCGCGGCCCGGGUCCGUAGGCGGCGGGGCGCCCCCCAUGCUGCUGCAGCCCGCGGCGUGCGCCCCGAGCGCGGGCUUCCCGCGGCCGCCGGCCGCCCCCGGCGCCAUGCACGGCUCGCAGAAGGACACCACGUUCACCAAGAUCUUCGUGGGCGGCCUGCCCUACCACACCACCGACGCCUCGCUGCGGAAGUACUUCGAGGGCUUCGGGGACAUCGAGGAGGCCGUGGUUAUCACCGACCGCCAGACGGGCAAGUCCCGCGGCUACGGCUUCGUGACCAUGGCCGAGCGGGCGGCCGCCGAGCGGGCGUGCAAAGACCCCAACCCCAUCAUCGACGGCCGCAAGGCCAACGUGAACCUGGCCUACCUGGGCGCCAAGCCGCGGAGCCUGCAGACGGGCUUUGCUAUCGGUGUGCAGCAGCUACACCCCGCCUUGAUCCAGCGGACCUACGGGCUGACCCCGCACUACAUCUACCCGCAAGCCAUCGUCCAGCCCAGCGUGGUGAUCCCGGCCACCCCCAUCCCCUCGCUCUCCUCCCCCUACAUCGAGUUCACCCCGGCCAGCCCUGCCUAUGCCCAGUUCCCGCCGGCCACCUACGACCAGUACCCAUACGCGGCCUCACCCACCUCUGCCACCAGCUUCGUGGGCUAUGGCUACCCAGCCGCCGUGCCCCAGGCCCUCUCGGCUGCGGCCCCCACGGGCACUGCCUUCGUGCAGUACCAGCCGCAGCAGCUGCAGCCUGACAGGAUGCAGUGAGGGGCGCGUGGUGGCAGGCAGACGCCAGGCUCCGGGGGCACAGACAACGAGCCGGGCCACCCCAGCCCCUGUGCCACCCAAGACCCCGCAGCACCCGUCCGCAAGAAGGCCCCAGAGACUGUUGCUCCUGAAAUCUAGGGCCCAUCCUGUCGUGAGGGAGGGCUGCAACAAAAAGGAACGGCUGAAGAGCAAUGUAAAGACGCAGCCCUCGGCAGUGCCUCCCUGACCUUCCUGCCUCCUCGCAGCACUUCAGGUACCCGCGGCCUGGCCCCGGCCUCCUCCGCACGGUGUCCUCAUGGGCCCUUCCCGGGUCCCAGCCCCGCUCUGGGCUCUGCACAAACUUUGUCAUGUUCAGAGGUGCCUUACUCAAGGGAAACCUAAGAAAGAGAAGUCCACUGACUAUUUAUUGUAACUACUCGAGCCGCACAAGUUGGUUGCCGCUGUCAGAUGCCAUGCGGGUCACACACUCUGUUGAUCUGUCAUGUUCUAAGUUAUUGCACUGGGCGGCUGCUCCGGACCCCCCAGACCCCCGGGGGCAGCAGGGCCACUGGCCUCUAGGGGAGGCCCAUGUUCCUUUCAGUCGAAGCACUGCAACUUUUUUUCUUGUAAUUGUUUUGCUAUUAAGAUGAUUUCAGAAUUUCAGUAUACUUCUUAAGCGGAGACUCCCGCCACCAUGAAUCCAAAACCUAUUUUUGAAUUUGAGAGAUUCACUUUUGUUGAUGCCCAAGGCGACAACCACAGUAUUUCUGUAUGAGACGGAGUCCGUUGGCGCAAGCGCCCAGGGCCCCUGGGGGCCGGGCCUGAGGCCCCACGUGUCCCGGCCAGGGACGCAGCUGUCUCCCUGGUGAUGCCCGCCUCAGUGGGAGCAAGGUGUGCCCGCCCUGCAGACAGGACGCUGCUCCCCAGGUUCACCACUGGGGCUCGUCCCCCUCCUCACUCUGCCCUCUCUGCCCUCAGCCACCACUGUGGGAGGGUGGGGGGGGGUCUGUGGCGUGCGUGCCGGCUGGGGGGCCGGGCUCCGUGGCCAGCAGGUAGGGUUCGCUGGGCGAGGCUGUGUGUGGAGGCCGUGGGGCCCAGGCCCGCUGCCCUCUCUUGCUGCCUGCCUGGGCUGGCCCGAGCUGCGCUGGAGCACACAGCCCUGCCCGGGGCUCAGUCCUGGCAUUGGAGAGCAGUUCUAACACCCCGUGCUGGGCUGCAGUAGGGGGCUUUGAGGGGCUGGGGGGGGCCCCGCCCCGACCUAGAGGGGGAGCGGAGGGAGGGUGGCCUCGUCUGGGCCACAGGCAGGGUACGUGGGGGCAGCUCAGCUCGGCCCUGGGGAGGGCAGGUGGUGGUGGCUGGGAACGUUCCUUCAGACCUACCUCAGGGGGCACGGGGAGGCCUCAGGGAGCGGACGCGCCCACGCUUUGUGGCACGCCCGGUACAGAGUCAAGCCCCAGGAAGUAAAGGUAGCUAAGAUUAUAAUGAUAUUUUUAUUAGAAUGUUCUGAUUAUAUAAAUAAAACUUGUUUUCUUUAAAGAAA